CUUAUCUUCAAGGGCAAAGUUUAACUUCGUCUUUGAUUCGCGGCUGUUCCACUUUCCCAAAAUUUGUUUUUUACACAAGAACCAUGUUUUAAUGGGUCUCUAUCCAAGAGCUUCUGGGCACCGGUGCACUCAAGGACAAGAAGUUCUUGUUCAGGUCCCCUAGGGGCCUGAUAUCUGUGGUUUUCACUAUCUCCUGUGACGCUGGAUGUCUUCCUCCAACAGCAGACGAUGGAAAUGGUAAGAUGUAAAACUCUUGGAACCCUUCAAGCCAUGUUUGGACCAUGUAGUUGUGUUUGGUUUCGCGGCUUCAUGGAGAAUGCAUGAUGAAUAAACACGCUCAUGUGCUGGAACAUACCCCAAACCAACACAAAGGAGAUAAGUAAUCUUCAUCUAUUUUCAGGUAGGCCGGACCUUCAAAACGUGCCAGGGGUUUGUCUUUGAGGCCAAGGCACUUGAUGGUUUUUCAUGGACCCAGUUGGGUUGCUGAGAUCGUCUGGGUGGCCGUGGCAAAAUGGCCAAUUUGACCUGCUCAGACCCUUUAUGCCUCGUCCCCUGCCGCCGGGCGCCUAGAACUGUGGCCAUCCAAGCUUGCUGAAUCUGCUCACGGGGCGGCGACGCCCCAGUGGACCACGCAUGUUGGUGGAUUUGCCAACUGGGAUGGGAGGAGGACCAGAGUUGGAGUACUUGGAGCUUCGAAUGUUGGAGUUGCAAGGCAUCGCAGAUCUCAUGGUGGUGGCGGAGUCUGGCUUCACCUUCCGCGGCGACGCCAAGCCGCGACUCUUUCAGAGAAAUCGCCAGCGCUUCCAGGCGUUUGAGAACACCACGCUUUACCUGGAUAUGGAACGAUGUUCCAACUACCUCAAAGCCAUCAACGAGACUCGUGCUCAACAUGGCCAAAAACAGGUGUUUUGGGCGAUCGAGACCCGGCAGAGGCAAUGCCUUUGGUCGCUCUUGGAGUUGGACCAGCCGCACCUGCCGGACGAGACCUUGAUCAUCUUCACGGACAUGGACGAAAUCCCCAAUGGUGAGCUCAUGCUCGCCAUGAAGUACUGCGAAUGGAAAAACAUGCAGAGCAAGUUCCAGUUCUCUCAGCGUGCGCUGUCGUUCAAUCUCCGCCAGGUCGCGACCGCUCCGAGGCAGUGCUUCCCAAAGCACAGUUGGAGACAAGGCUCCCUCAUCACCUUCAAGUGGGCUCGCGACAUGUUGAAGCGAAACCAAAGCAUCCCCCUGCGGCUGCCAGCAAAACUGGGUCCGGCGCCGGUCAUUCAGGGAGGCGCCCUGCACAUGGGAUACUUUGGUUCUGCAGCCGCGCUCAUGUUCAAAGGCCUGCAACAUGGGGAGGGAGGCAACUUGAUGCUCCCGACAUCCUUCGACAUUUGCCAAGCCACGAAGCAGGACAUCCUGCAGCUUCUGGGCACCUAUCGUGAUGAUCCCAUCCGCAUCGUUACGCGGCACCGGUGGAGGAACAGGUGGAGGACUGCCGAUCAGGCCCGAGCGUGGGAGCAAAAAAGCAAUCCCUUGCCAAAGGCAAGGCCAUCGCUGAAGAGCUUGCAGAACUGUGGAGUGCCAUGGGCCUUACAGGAGAACCCAGAGCGAUAUGCUGCCUUCUGGGGUCUUCCUGAGUAGAGUCAGCAGAGUCAUCAGAUGGUGAUUGGAAUCGAUUCAUAUGUCAAAACACAUGGCUGGAGCUCGGAG